AUGUUCCUAUGGUGGUGGUGGUGCCCUCUCGACUGCCCUCACACUGUUCCAAACACGUUCCACUCGACCACUGAUUUGCGAAGCGUCAGCCACGACACGGACGGCCGAAGACUCGCUCCGGCAACAUGCCUUACACGAUCCUUUCUCCGCCGGCCCUUCAUGGCCCUCUGUCGA